ACAACAGAGCGGAGAAUGGCAGGCCACUCUGAGGGACGACUGCAAAGAAAUCAUCACCCCACCAACCCAUAUUUUCAAGUGAGAGGUGGCUCACAUCACUUCCUUGUACCAUGCAGACAGCAAACGCAGAAGCACCUAAUCCAUGGCUCUGCUACAGUCAAGAAACCACAAUUCCAGAAACCACAAGUUCCCCCUAAACCUGCUCACCUCCAGGACAACGGAUACUUCUCUCUGCCUCCGUCCAGACCCCUUCCUGCUGCCCUCCUCCUGAAGCCAGAGAGGACAACUUGCAUUACCAGGUUGGCACAGGAGGAAGCAGAAUCAGUUCAGAGCAUUGGUGUGCUCAUCAAAAAGUUUGAGAGCUCCAGGGUGCUGAUCAAGGAAGUGUUCCGGGGAGACCAUCUUCACCUGCCACUCAGUAUGGACACUUCCCAAGAACUAUCUGGGGACACAAGCUCCAAGCAGCAGGCAUCCAGUGGCACCCCUGCUGAGGUAGAGCUUUCCAACUUUGGUUUGCUGAAAGUUGAAGAAAUAAGCACAGAUGAUCUGAAGAGAUCAGGAGACUCCUAUUCCACAUCCUGCAGCACAUCACGAACUGAAGCACCUUGUGAAAGCAGUGACAAUCAGGAGCAGAACAGCAGCAGCAAGAUACCCAACCGUGACAGUGGGAUCGACAGCCCCUCUUGCCAUACAGAUGGGGAACCCUUCAAUGAAGAUGAGAAGAGAGAGAAUGUCCCUGAUAAUGAGGUGAAGGAGGAAGAAGAAGAGAGAAAAGUCAUAACUGGCAAUGCCACCCCAGUAGAUAAUAAGAGAGACUCAACUCAAGAUGAAGAGGACAGUGACCUGGAUGAAGGCAGCAGUGAGGAACAUGAAGCUGCCGAUUCAUUGAAGGAAGAGCAGCUAGAGACACUCAAGUGUUCAGUGCCACAGAAGCUGUUCAACAUUGCCAGUGAGCUUUUGCAGACUGAAGAGGCCUACGUGAAGAGACUCAAUCUCUUGGACCAGGUCUUUUGCACAAAAUUAACAGAAGCUGGAAUUCAAACAGAUGUCAUCAAUGGCAUCUUUUCAAACAUCUCCUCAAUCUACCGGUUCCAUGAACAAUUCCUCCUUCCUGAACUGAAGACACGAAUCACAGCUGAGUGGAAUGAGAAUCCGCGAAUAGGUGACAUUCUCCAAAAGCUGGCUCCUUUCCUCAAAAUGUAUGGGGAAUAUGUGAAAAACUUUGACAGAGCUAUGGACCUAGUGAAUACUCACACACAACGGUCUUCACAGUUCAAAAGUGUUGUUCACAGCAUUCAGAAACAGGACGUGUGUGGUAACUUGACCUUGCAGCAUCAUAUGCUGGAGCCAGUGCAGCGCAUUCCUCGCUAUGAGCUACUCCUCAAGGACUACCUGAAGAAGCUGCCAGAGGACGCGGCAGACAGGAAGGAUGCAGAAAAGUCUCUGGAACUCAUUGCCACGGCAGCUAAUCAUUCCAAUGCAGCAAUUCGCAAGAUGGAAAAGAUGCACAGACUGUUGGAAGUGUAUGAAAGACUCGGUGGGGAGGAAGACAUUGUGAACCCUGCUAAUGAGCUCAUCAAGGAAGGCCACCUGCUGAAGCUGUCUGCCAAGAAUGGCAGCGCUCAGGACCGUUAUCUUUUUCUGUUCAACAACAUGCUGCUGUACUGCGUGCCAAAGCUACGACUGAGGGGUCAGAAAUUCAGUGUGAGAGACAAGAUUGACGUUGCAGGAAUGCAGGUGCAGGAGAACAUAAAGCACAAUCUACCACACACCUUCACCAUUGUGGGAAAGCAGCGCUCCCUUGAGCUACAAGCCAGAACUGAGGAAGAGAAGAAAGACUGGAUUCAGGAGAUCCAGUCCACCAUCGAGAAGCACAAGCAGAACAGUGAAACAUUUAAUAAGGCGUUCAGCACCUCCUUUUCCAGAGAUGAUGAGCACAUCCCAGAUUCCCCAAAUGUUUCAGGAAGUUUUUCAUUGGAGCCAGCAGAAGGAAGCAACGCUGUGGCAGGGGUGGACUCCUGGAGGAAACACUCGAGAAUAAAAAAGGAGAAAGAGAAACAAACAUGUAAAAGCUGCAAUGAGAGCUUCAACUCCAUCACAAAGCGGAGGCACCACUGCAAAGCCUGCAAUGCGGCGAUCUGUGCCAAGUGCUCAGAAUUCAUGCCUUUCCCGGAUGCCAGCCGGCAAAGCCGAGUAUGUAAAGACUGUUUUGCAUCACCAGUGGGGGUACCUCCUAGCCCAGGACCUGACGUAACAGUGGAGCAGCAGAAAAAGUUACUUGAGAAACAGGUCUCCUUGGCGGCUGACAACUGCCUAGUCUGUGGUCAUCUUCAGUUUAUGGAGGGAAAGGGAAAGAACUGGAGCAGAGUUUGGGUCGCCAUCACCAAAAAUGAGCCUCUUGUGAUGUACCUACAAUGGAGCAACCAGGAGAGCCGUAGCCCACGUCCCGUUCCACUCCCUGGCCUCAAGAUUGGCGUGUCAACAGAAAAGCACGAGGUGAAGAAUGUUUUCAGACUGAGCCACCCCCAUCAGACUCUGCUCUUCAGUGCGGACGAUGAGGCUGCCCAGAUGAGAUGGGUGGAGAUACUUUCUAAAUUGACCAAAGGGGAGAUAGAAGAGGAGGCCCCUGUUGACGGAGCAGAGGCCACGAUCAACUUAUAACAGGGAGCAGGGUGCGCCAUGUGGCGAGGACCCAGCCUACCCACAGUUGCCUUGUUCAUUUGUGAUACUCCUCAGUGUUGGAACUUCUUCGAGACUCUUUUUAGCACUUUUCCAAUAUCACAAGAAGGUAAAAAAAAUGAUGGAGGAGCUGGCGACUGGAUCCAUGGAGCAUUACUAACGCUGUGCUUAUCUCUCUCUUUAAUGUCCUUUCACCAGUAGCUUUCCUGUGUGUGCAGGGGUAGCACAAUACUUGGGAUGCCUCCCUAUCACACUUUCUCUUUGUCUUUCUGUGUUCUAUUUUCCCAGGUUUUUCCAUUUCAGUUGAUAGUAUUGCUUUGGUUUGGCAUAAGCCAUAUUUUUCCAGAGCUUUGUACCCUGGGGAACUGCCAGAUGAGUACAAAACCAAAUGGAGAAACAAUGACAUGGAUGUGAAGUGCCUCUCUCAUUUUGUCAGUCUGUCUGUCUGUCUGUCUGAGUAAUGAUAGUGUUCUGUCACUCACCCCAGUCCUUCUUCAUAAUGAUCUCCAAAGCCACCAGGGCAGCACCUGCAACAGUCACAUAGCCCCGUAAGGGUGACAGAAAGAGGGCGCAGCAGGCCUCAGGUUCAGGCCUUGCUCUGGCAGUGUCACCUUUGGACAUGUCAAUGGGAUUAUUGUUCAGUUCACAGCGGUAGUAUAGUCGGCAAGUCACUAGUCACCCAUGGUGGUCCUGCUGCACUGGUUUGAAUCUCUCCUUGUUGGUGUCUCACUUGAUUCUUUGAAUAAAUGCUGACCAGCUGUGGCCACUUGGGAUUUUUUAAA